GUGUCCCGCGCGCUCACACCGGCCCUCGCCCACUCUCGCCGGGUCCCGGGCGCGGCAGCCCCUGGGCCGGCGGCGGGGCGAGCGGACCCUCACCUUGCGCGGCCGGCGCCCCUCGCCCCUCCCCUCCCGGGCCCCGCGUUCCCCACCCCCACCCCGCCCCCUCCUCCCCGCCGCUUUCGGCUGGGGUCUGGGGCCGUUCAGCAGCCCGCAGAACUUCCUCUCCUGCAACCGAGUUUUCCUCCUCCCAGCCUUUCCCGGGCUCCCGGUUGUUCUCGGGGGAGCCUGAGCACGCGCGGGCGGCCGCACCGGGCGAGCGGCGCGGCCGGGGGCGGGCGCCGGGGCCGGGGUUGCCGGCUGGGGCCCGCGAUGGCGGGGGCCUGGCUCAGGUGGGGGCUCCUGCUCUGGGCAGGGUUGCUCGCGUCCUCGGUGCACUGCCGGGUGCGGAGGAUCACGUACGUGGUGCGCCCGGGCCCCGGCCUGGCGGCGGGCGCCUUGCCCCUGGGCGGGCCCCAGCGCCCGCGGACCUUCAACGUCGCGCUCAACGCCAGGUACAGCCGUAGCUCGGCGGGCGCCGGGGCCCCCUCGGAGCGGACUCGGCGCACCAGCCCGCCCGGCGGCGCGGCCCUGCAGGGGCUCCGGCCGCCGCCACCGCCCCCGCCGGAGCCGGCGCGUCCCGGGGGCUCCGGCGGGCAGCUCCACCCCAAGCCUGGCGGUCACCCGGCGGCCGCCCCGUUCGCCAAACAAGGCAGGCAAGCGGUGCGCUCCAAAGUGCCGCAGGAGACCCAGAGCGGCGGGGGCUCGAGGCUGCAGGUUCACCAGAAGCAGCAGCUGCAGGGGGUCAAUGUCUGCGGAGGGCAGUGCUGCCAUGGCUGGAGUAAGGCCCCUGGCUCCCAGAGAUGCACCAAACCAAGCUGUGUUCCUCCAUGUCAGAAUGGAGGGAUGUGUCUCCGGCCUCAACUCUGUGUGUGUAAACCAGGGACCAAGGGCAAAGCCUGUGAGACAACAGCUGCCCAGGACACCUCGUCACCAGUCUUUGGAGGGCAGAGUCCUGUGGCUGCUUCCUCCUGGGUCCCUCCUGAGCAAGCAGCAAAGCACACUUCGUCUAAGAAGGCAGACACUCUACCAAGAGUCAGUCCUGUGGCCCAGAUGACCUUGACCCUCAAGCCGAAGCCUUCAGUGGGACUCUCCCAGCAGAUACAUUCUCAAGUGACACCCCUUUCCUCACAGAAUGUGAUGAUUCAUCAUGGCCAGGCCCAGGAAUAUGUGCUCAAGCCCAAGUACUUUGCAGCUCAGAAGGUGAUUUCGGGAGAGCAGUCUACUGAAGGUUCAUUCCCUUUAAGAUUUGGACACGAUCAUGUGGCAGCACCUUUUCAGUUGAGUAACCACACUGGCCGCAUCAAGGUGGUCUUUACUCCGAGCAUCUGUAAAGUGACCUGCACCAAGGGCAGCUGUCAGAACAGCUGUGAGAAGGGGAACACCACCACUCUUAUUAGUGAGAACGGUCACGCUGCCGACACCCUGACAGCCACGAACUUCCGAGUGGUAAUUUGCCAUCUUCCAUGUAUGAAUGGAGGCCAGUGCAGUUCAAGGGACAAAUGCCAGUGCCCUCCAAAUUUCACAGGGAAGCUUUGUCAGAUUCCAGUCCAUGGUGCUAGCGUGCCUAAACUUUAUCAGCAUUCCCAGCAGUCAGGCAAGGCGUUGGGAACACAUGUCGUCCACUCAACACAUACUUUGCCUCUGACCAUGACCAGCCAGCAAGGAGUCAACGUGAAAUUUCCUCCUAACAUAGUCAAUAUCCAUGUGAAGCACCCUCCUGAGGCCUCAGUCCAGAUACAUCAGGUUUCAAGAGUUGAUGGCCCAACAAGCCAGAAGGUAAAAGAAGCUCAACCAGGCCAGUCCCAAGUCUCUUACCAAGGGCUUCCUGUCCAGAAGACCCAGACAGUCCAUUCCUCAUACUCCCACCAGCAAGUCAUUCCUCACGUGUAUCCAGUGACUGCGAAGACGCAGCUUGGCCGGUGCUUCCAGGAGACUAUUGGGUCGCAGUGUGGCAAAGCGCUUCCUGGCCUUUCAAAGCAGGAGGACUGCUGUGGAACCGUGGGUACCUCCUGGGGCUUUCAUAAAUGCCAGAAAUGCCCCAAGAAGCCGUCUUAUCAUGGAUAUAAUCAAAUGAUGGAAUGUCUACAAGGUUAUAAACGGGUUAACAACACCUUUUGUCAAGAUAUUAAUGAAUGCCAACUACAGGGUGUGUGCCCUAAUGGUGAGUGUUUGAAUACCAUGGGCAGCUAUAGAUGUACCUGCAAAAUAGGAUUUGGGCCAGAUCCUACCUUCUCAAGUUGUGUUCCGGAUACCCCUGUGAUCUCUGAGGAGAAAGGGCCCUGUUACCGACUUGUCAGUUCCGGAAGGCAGUGUAUGCACCCUCUGUCUGUUCACCUCACCAAGCAACUCUGCUGUUGUAGUGUGGGCAAGGCCUGGGGCCCACACUGUGAGAAAUGUCCCCUUCCAGGCACAGCUGCUUUUAAGGAAAUCUGUCCUGGUGGAAUGGGUUAUACGGUAUCUGGCGUUCAUAGACGCAGGCCAAUCCAUCACCAUGUAGGUAAAGGACCUGUAUUUGUCAAGCCAAAGAACACUCAACCUGUUGCUAAAAGUACUCCUCCACCUCUCCCAGCCAAGGAAGAGCCAGUGGAGGCCCUGACCUUCUCCCGGGAACAGGGGCCAGGAGCGGCGGAGCCAGAAGUGGCAACUGUACCUCCUGAGAAGGAAAUACCUUCAUUGGAUCAAGAGAAAACCAAACUUGAGCCUAGUCAACCCCAGCUCUCUCCAGGCAUUUCCACUAUUCAUCUGCAUCCGCAGUUUCCAGUAGUGAUUGAAAAAACAUCACCUCCUGUGCCUGUGGAAGUAGCUCCUGAAGCUUCAACAUCAAGCGCCAGCCAAGUCAUUGCACCUACUCAAGUAACAGAGAUCAAUGAAUGUACUGUGAACCCUGAUAUCUGUGGAGCAGGACACUGCAUUAACCUACCGGUGAGGUAUACCUGUAUAUGCUAUGAUGGCUACAAGUUCAGCGAGCAACAGAGGAAAUGUGUUGAUAUUGAUGAAUGCGCUCAGGCCCAACACCUCUGCUCCCAGGGACGCUGUGAAAACACUGAGGGAAGUUUCUUGUGUAUUUGCCCAGCGGGGUUCAUGGCCAGUGAGGAGGGUACUAACUGCAUAGAUGUUGAUGAGUGCCUGAGGCCAGACGUCUGUGGGGAAGGGCACUGCAUCAAUACCGUGGGGGCCUUCCGGUGUGAAUACUGCGACAGCGGGUACCGCAUGACCCCCGGAGGCCAUUGCGAGGAUGUUGAUGAAUGUUUGACUCCAAGUACUUGUCCAGAUGAGCAGUGUGUGAAUUCUCCUGGAUCUUACCAGUGUGUUCCCUGCACGGAAGGGUUCCGAGGCUGGAAUGGGCAGUGUCUCGAUGUGGAUGAAUGCCUGGAACCAGAUAUCUGCACAAAUGGUACUUGCUCCAACCUCGAAGGAUCCUACAUGUGUUCAUGCCACAAGGGCUAUACCCCAACUCCAGACCACAAGCACUGUAAAGAUGUUGACGAAUGUCAGCAAGGGAAUCUGUGCAUAAACGGGCAGUGCAAAAACACCGAGGGCUCCUUCAGGUGUACCUGUGGGCAGGGCUACCAGCUGUCAGCGACAAAAGACCAGUGUGAAGAUAUUGAUGAAUGCCAGCACCGUCAUCUCUGCAGUAAUGGGCAGUGCAGGAACACGGAGGGCUCCUUCCGCUGUGUUUGUGACCAGGGUUACAGAGCGUCUGCCCUUGGAGACCAUUGUGAAGAUAUCAACGAGUGCUUGGAGGACAAUAGUGUUUGCCAGGGAGGAGACUGCAUUAAUACUGAAGGGUCCUAUGAUUGUACUUGCCCAGAUGGAUUCCAGCUAAAUGACAAUAAAGGGUGUCAAGAUAUUAAUGAAUGUGAACAGCCCGGACUCUGUGGUCCUCAUAGAGAGUGUCUAAACACAGACGCUUCUUUUCACUGCGUCUGCGAGCAGGGUUUCUCAAUCUCUGCAGAUGGACAUACGUGUGAAGAUAUUGAUGAAUGUGUAAACAACACUGUUUGUGACAGUCACGGGUUUUGUGACAAUACAGCUGGCUCCUUCCGCUGCCUCUGUUAUCAGGGCUUUCAGGCCCCACAGGAUGGGCAAGGGUGUGUGGAUGUGAACGAAUGUGAGCUGCUCAGUGGCGUGUGUGGUGAAGCCUUCUGUGAAAAUGUAGAAGGGUCCUUCCUGUGUGUGUGCGUUGAUGAAAACCAGGAGUACAGCCCGAUGACUGGGCAGUGCCGCUCCCGGGCCUCGGCAGACUUAGAAGUAGAUCAACCCAAAGAAGAAAAGAAAGAGUGCUACUAUAAUCUAAAUGACGCCAGUCUUUGUGAUAACGUGCUGGCCCCCAAUGUCACCAAACAAGAAUGCUGCUGUACCUCUGGUGCUGGGUGGGGAGAUAACUGUGAGAUUUUCCCCUGCCCGGUCUUGGGGACUGCUGAAUUCACUGAAAUGUGUCCUAGAGGGAAAGGUUUUGUCCCCACUGGAGAAUCCUCUUACGACGUUGAUGGCGAGAACUAUAAAGAUGCAGAUGAAUGCCUACUUUUUGGACAAGAGAUCUGCAAAAAUGGCUUCUGUUUGAACACUCAGCCUGGUUAUGAAUGCUACUGUAAGCAGGGGACAUACUAUGAUCCUGUCAAAUUGCAGUGCUUUGAUAUAGAUGAGUGUCAAGACCCCAACAGUUGUAUUGAUGGCCAGUGCGUUAAUACAGAAGGCUCUUAUAACUGCUUCUGUACCCACCCGAUGGUCCUGGAUGCUUCGGAAAAAAGAUGUAUCCGACCAACUGAAUCACAUGAACAAAUUGAAGAAACCGAUGUCUACCAAGAUCUGUGCUGGGAACAUCUGAGUGAUGAGUUUGUGUGUAGCCGGCCUCUCGUUGGCAAGCAGACAACAUAUACUGAGUGCUGCUGUUUGUAUGGAGAGGCCUGGGGUAUGCAAUGCGCCCUCUGCCCCAUGAAAAAUUCAGAUGACUACGCCCAGCUGUGUAACAUCCCCGUCACGGGACGCCGGCAGCCAUAUGGACAGGAUGCCUUGGUCGACUUCAGUGAACAAUACGCUCCCGAAGCUGAUCCCUACUUCAUUCAGGACCGUUUUUUAAAUAGCUUUGAGGAGUUGCAGGCUGAAGAAUGUGGCAUCCUCAACGGCUGUGAAAACGGGCGCUGUGUCAGGGUGCAGGAAGGUUACACCUGCGAUUGCUUUGAUGGGUAUCACUUGGAUAUGGCCAAGAUGACCUGUGUUGAUGUCAACGAAUGUGAUGAGUUGAACAACCGGAUGUCUCUCUGCAAGAAUGCCAAGUGUAUCAACACCGAAGGUUCCUAUAAGUGUGUGUGUCUGCCCGGCUUUGUACCUUCCGACAAGCCAAACUACUGCACUCCGUUGAAUACCGCCUUGAAUUUAGAAAAAGACAGUGACCUGGAGUAAAAGUGAAGCUACAUAACCUAAGCCUGUAUACUCUGCACUGUGUAAAGGAGAAAGAGAAAUGUAUUAUACUUCAGACAUUGCACUUGACCCAGAAUGUUGGAAAUAUGGAAACAUCAUGGAGUUGUAUAUCCUCAGAAGCGAAAGGAUUCAGUGUGAGCCUGACUUGUGUGACAGACCAAAUGGACAUUUCUCUGAAAAAACAGUAUAUAUAGUCUGUUCAUAUGUAAAAUUCAGUGGAAAAGAGGCAGAACAGUGCUAUUAUUUUAAACAGAAGGUUGUAUUAUUAUGUUUUUUGUUUUGAUAUUUUUUACUAUUGCUUGAUUAAAUCUGGCAUUUAAAUAGUGGUGGAAAUAUUUUAUAUAAUUUUCAUUUUUUGGUUAUGCAGUUCCUUGGCUACUGUUUCUCUCUUUCAAAUGUCAAGUACAAAAGCCUUUGAUAAAAUAUUGUUUAAACUAUUAUAAGUAUUGUUACACAGGGCUAUGCUAUUCCUGGUCUGGAACAUUUUUAAAAUCCAAAUUGUCCUGUGGAGCAGGCAGUGAUUGUUUCAAAACUUUUAUACACAUUUGGAGAAAAGUACUUUAUAUUUACAAUGUGUUAUCUGAUUUUAAUGUCCAUUUUUAGCCAAGCUGCUGGUAGGUCUUAAUUGGAUCCCUUUCCUACAAUGAAAUGGAAGAACUAAUGAGCUUACAUUAGUAUUAUAAUGUGUGAAGUAGGACCAGCAAAUUUUAAAACUUGAUGAUCCCAAUAUAUUUACCAUUGUAUGUUAAAGCAAAAUAAAUCACCAUUUUUUUAGAAAA